CUCAAAAUCACUGGCUCCAGCCUUCUUCAUUGACUAGUGUAAAAGCUCAAAACGCAGCUGUUGAUCAUGAUGAUGCCUUGAAAAAAAUUGCUGUGGAUAAAAUAAAGAAUUCCAUUCCAAAUGGUGUUGUGUUCACCACAGGACUAAAACCGUUCAUUUCUAAUGCCUAUUCUGAGGAAUGCUUGACACCAAAGAUUUCUAAAUGUGAAGUUUCCCUAUCUAAGACCCUCGCUGAAGCUAGAAAGGCAAGCUCUAGAGCAUGUGAGGUGCUUACAUCUACAGUUCCACAGGAGUAUCCAAUAACUAUGACUAAAACUGAAACCUCAGAAACCUGUAUAAUGACACCAGGCAAGGCUGUUCCAACAGAUAUAAGUCAGGAGAUGUCCAUGCCUGUACUCUCUGAAAGCUAUCAAACAAUAAAUACGCCUGUAUACUGGUCACCAAGACCACCAGCACGCUUCAUUGGCAACCAGAGGCCAUGCCAAAAUGAUACUAACAUCCCUAAACGAAAGUCAACAUACUACGGUUUGACACCUGCUGAAUAUGUUGCUUAUGGUGGAAUCAAAAUGAAUUCACAUGGUGAUCCUUCUGUAUCUAAACCUGAAGCACCAGAAGAUUUAAAAAAUGUGACAUGUGAGAAUUACAAAUCUCCAGCUCAAGAAAAGUUCAGCAUUAUAUCUGAUUUCAAUGCAGAGAAAUCCUCAGAGGCUUUACAAGCUUCAGUGGCUGAGCUGCCCUCACAAGUCUUGAUGACAAACCAAACAGAGGUACAAAUAACUGACAAAACUGAAAUACAAACAAUCAAUAAUUCCACUUCAGAAAUAUCAGUUCAAAUUCUGAAGGAGCAAGAGACAAUCCCUGCAGUAAAACCAAUGACUCCAUCUUUAAAUCCUGAAGAUAUGUACCAUAGGCUUCAAACUACACCUUUAAGAAUGGCUAUAAACCCCACUCCUGUAGCAGAGGCUCCUAGACAACUAAAUUCAGGGUCUACAGACAUCACCAUCCCUCCUUUUAUAGGAGAGGGGAAAAAAAUUCCAACUUACCCUUUUCCCUUGGUACAACCAAAUAUUCCAAAUCCAGAUAUAACCGGAUUGCUAAAAAAGAACUUCUUGUCGGUUCAAAAUAUCCCACAGCAAAUGGUGCUGUCAGAGAAUGCACACAGAUCUAUAUAUCCAACAGAAAGCUUUAAUCCUGCAUCAGUGAAAGCAACGCAAUUUCAAGUUUUUGCAAAACAAGAGCAAAAAUCCAUAUCAUGCUUAUCUAAGGGUUCUUUAGAAACCCAUCAGACUUAUUCUGCUGUCUGCAACACUUCUAAUACUAUCAAUACAGGUAAUGAACUUCGCAAUAUCAUAAACACCAAAAAUGAAGGUUUCAAUAAACUCACAACAAACUCAACCAAUGUCACAGACUCUAGAAUGCCAUCUGCAGACACCAGAAGUUACACUAAGGUCCCUCCUGAUAUUAAACCUACAGACCUCUCAAAGCCAGAAGAAACUAAAUCUACAGCUCACUCAACGUUAGGUGCAUCUAUCUUUACAGCUCCCUCAAAGACAGAAAUAUCCAGACCUGGAGCCUCAUGUAUGUCUAAAGCAGACAAUUCUGAUGUUUUGCCCAAACCAAACAUAUCUGAUCCUCCAACUCCUGCUAAUAAAGAUAUAUUUAACCCUCCAAGUCACUCCAAACCAGAGGCAUGUCAACAUGCAAAUACAUCUAAAUCAGAUAUAGCUAAUCCUGUAGUUUACUCUAAAUCAGCAGCAAAUAAAACUGCAGUUUUAAUAAACCAGAAUUCAACACCUCCCUCAUUGAAACCCAAUACUAAACUCAAUCAAACCCCUGAAGAAACCAAAAGCCAGCAGAUGCAGAAACAAGACAACGAUGUGCAAUUUAUUCCAAGCCCUUUAAACAAAACAAACAGAUCAUUCAAUGUCCCCUCAGAUGCACAAAUAUUUUCACCUACACCUAACAAUGAAGUCCCAGUCCUGGCUUCUAAACCAGACAAGAGCAAAGAAGGAUUACUACCCCUAAGUGCCAAUUUAAAAAAGCCAAAUCCAUUGACAGAUUUAGCAUCAGACUUACAGGACUUAAAUAACACAAACACUGAUUCCAAAGCUGCAACUAAAGUUACAGUUGAAUCUAAAUUAAGCAAUUCAACAAUGCAUCACAUAAAUGUAAAGGAAAUGAUCAAACCGUCAAAUAUUGUGCACCAAGAAACCAAAUCGAAUAUGGAAAGUGUGCAGACCAAAUCCAUAAAUUCAGUUACUCAAAAGCCUUUACCGUCUACAAAUAUGAAAUCUCUUCGAAAAGCUCCAAGUGUAGAAAAUAGUCUUGCUGCCAUGCUUCUUAAGGCUGCCAAAUCUUUACCACUUUCUUCAUCUGUAGAAAGCUCGGCAAAAUCCCAGACUGAAGCCAAAGCAUCUAAUAUGGAUGUGAAGCCACAACGUGCUCAGGAUUCAAAAGCUGAUUCUGUCACAGAUGCUAAAGUCAAAGAGUUGAAGUCUGAUACCUCAAAACCUUUCAAAAAGUGUUUGAAAGAUUCAUUAGCAAAGGAAAAACAAAAUGAGGCUGUAGCCACUCAAGAUGACAAGUUUACCAAAGAUACUCUUUCUAAACCCGCAUCAGAUGAUCAGAAGAAGCAAAAUGAUGAACCAAAGAGUGCUCCGAAACCCAAAGGUCUGAAAGCUAAGCUCAGUGGUUGGACAAGGCUGAAAAAACACAUGGUCGUUGAACCUGAGGCCCCCAGUUUUCCAGAGUAUGAGGUUGAGAAAAAUGCCCAGAAAGCAGAUAUAAAUAUAAGUGGUAAAGACAAGUCCGGAGGGGCUAAAGAAGAAUCAUCGAGAGGACUGGAUGUGGUGAAAAAGAAAGAUGAGCCCAGGGCAACAAAAAUGUGGGAUGCUGUACUAUUUCAUAUGUUUGCAACAAAGGAGAACAUCAUGAAGCAGAUACAAGGCAACAAAACUGAGGAUGAGCAGAAAAAAUUAGAGAAUGAUGGUCAGAUAGUCCCAUCCUUCGUCCAUCGCCUGCCCAUUCUUCUCUACAGUCCGCGGUUUGAUGCCCGGAAGCUGAAGGAGGCGGCUGCGAAACCUCUCAACAAAAUUGCUACUGCUUUUGAAAGAGGGCUGCUGCAGCGCAAACAGAAAGAUGAAGAGCCGAAAGACUUCAACAGAACAGCCAAAGGAUUUGGUGCAUCUACAGAAAAAACAGCAGAUGUUUGACUGCGUUUCAAAUGUACAGGUGGUUUUAAGUACAAUUAUGUAGCUUUGUAGUAAUGUACAUUUAUUUCAUGAAAUCAACAACAGUGAGACAAAUAAGCUAUGCACAUGCGCUCUGCUGUGAGCAGUGCAGUAGGGGGCUGGUCAGCAGAAAUAGAGGCCUAGUGCAUUCCUGCAUUGAGAGGCCAACUGAUGGGUGCAGCUGUUCGGGAUGUGGCGAGUGAGGAAGUGAGCAAGGACUGAAAACGUAAUGGUGAGAAUGAUCAAAGAAGGAAAGUGGCUCAGAGUGCGCCGUGGCAUCCGAGGGGAUGGAUGUUGGGUUUAGGUUUGCUUCACGUCAGCUGAGCCGGGUGGUGCGAGCAGACAUGUUUAGAAUAGAGAGCUUCAGAAUGUGACGUUUUGAGUGGUGUCAAGAGCCAGAAUGAGCUAUGACAUGAUGGUGCUGUUCAUAUUAAAAAAAAAGGUAUGAGGGAAGAGUGGUAAAAUACAACUAGAAUAUGAUAAACAAAAAAUCUAAAUCUCAAGAUGCUGAUCAUGGAAUAAGACAUGUAUCAUGAUCCCUGUGUCUUCUAAAAAAUAGUUCAAUGUGUGAUUUUUAUUCACUUUUUUAAGCUUAAAACCAGGGUUGGAUGUUUUCAUACAUCCAUUUCUAACAAAAUGUUGCAAGUGAUUUCAUGCUUACAGAUUAAUUUCCUGAGCAAGAUUAUACUGACAGCAGGCAUGUGAGAUUUACAGAAUACUACCCAGGACUGCUGGGGGGGAAAACUCUUUAUAAGCUGGUAAUUAUUGCAGCCCUUACACUUCCGGGAUCUCUGUUGUAAAACCCAACCGACUGCCUUGUCGUGCCCUUUACUCACGCCACAUGCACAUAGCUCAGAGUAUUUCAACCUUGGCACAGUUCUGAGACUUAUUUCUGUAUACUACUGCAAUUGGCUACAAAGACCCUAGAUAAAAGCAAAUAAGCAUUUGCACGAUAACAGCAAGAAACCACAAUAAACAAUUUUUAACAAUGAAUCAUCAUACACUGCCAGACCUUGUACACCCAUAAAGUACUUUAAUCUAGCUAUAUGUAUGUACGUUUGUUUUUAUAGAUGUAAUGUACAGCACAUUAUCAUAUUUUAGUUACUUUGGUAUGAAUUUCUAUGAAGCAUGAAUAACGUCUGUGUAGUAAUGAAAACGCUGAGUUUAUAUUUUGUUAUUUUGAAUAAAAGAUUUUAAUAAAGUAAAUU